AUGGAAGCACGGAAUCGUUUGGAAGAUAUUUUUCAGGACAACCAAAAUGCUCGAGCUGUCACUCUUGAGCAAGAGUUUUCUAACACUCGUAUGGAGGUUUUUCCCAAUGUCUCUGCUUACUGUCAGCGUCUUAAGAUGCUUUUUGAUCAGUUGAGAAAUGUCAGCUCCCUUGUCAACAAUCAUCGUCUGGUCCUUCAACUGAUCUCUGGUCUCCCAGAAGCUUACCGCAGUGUUGCUACUUUGAUUCGCCAGAGCAACCCUCUUCCGACAUUCUAUCAGGCUCGUUCGAUGCUCACUUUAGAAGAAACUGGUAUAGCUAAGAUGGCAAACACAGGCUCUCAUGCUGCUAUGCACACCACUCAACCGAAACCUACUGAAGACACCUCUCAAAAUGGCAACCGCCGCCCCGACAACCGUUCUCGCUCUCAUGGCAACCAGGGCAACCGCCACCCCGACAACCGUUCUCGCUCCCAUGGCAACCAGGGUCGCAGAGGGGGACGUGGUAACCGCUCAGUAACAACAGUAUCCAACCUGACAACCAUGGGGUUGGACUCCACCACCAUGGACUAUGCCACCGUGUCCGUAUCCCACCUCUCAGUGGACACGCCCUGUCGGUCCUCCUAA